AUGGCCGAAGAAAAGAAGUCGCCGCAGCAGGCGACCAUCAAUGAGCUGCCACCUAGUUCUGCUUGCCCAUCUGAGGGUGCAUCGUCAAAUGCCAGUCUAAUGAAGGUGGUGGAUUGGGACGGCCCGGACGAUCCAGAGAAACCAGUGAACUGGCCGCGAUCAAGAAAGAAUCAGAUCCUUGGCGCUGUGUGCCUCAUGCGCUUUACAACCCCGCUUGCCUCGUCGAUGAUGGCCCCGGCACUUUUGCAAAUUGAAAAUGAGUUCAAGUCAUCAUCAAUGAUGAUGAACUUUGCGGUCUCUAUCUAUAUUAUCGGAUUCGGACUCGGACCCCUGGUGCUUGCACCACUCUCUGAAAUUUAUGGACGAAACAAAAUUUACCAUGGUGGCAAUAUCAUGUUCACUAUUUGCACUGCGUGCUGCGGACUUUCUCCAAAUACCACAUCUCUCCUCAUAUUCCGAUUACUUUCUGGAAUCAUGGGCGGUGCCCCUUUGACAAAUGGCGGAGGAACUAUUGCGGACCUCAUCCCCUCACAUGAGCGAGGAUUUAUAAUGAGUGUUUUCAGUCUGGCCAUGCUCCUCGCACCCGUUUUAGGGCCAGUAGCUGGCGGUUUCUUGUCAGAAGCUGCCGACUGGCGGUGGAUUUUCUGGCUUUUGACCAUUAUGAGUGCUAUCACAGCAAUUGUGGGAUUUAUUUUCCUGCGUGAAACUUAUGCCCCAACACUCCUCGAACGGAAGGCUUCCCGACUCCGCAAAGAGACAGGAAAUCCUGACAUCCAAGCCGCGACCAAAUCGCCGCUCCCUCUUCAGCAACUUAUUUUCUUGGCUAUAAUGCGCCCAAUGAAGCUGCUCUGCACCAGCCCCGUCAGCAUCGCGAUGGCCCUCUACAUGGGUUUGAUUUAUGGCAUUAUUUACCUUCUGUUUACAUCAUACACCGUGGUAUUCCAGGAGCAAUACGGCUUCAGCCAAGGUCUCGCAGGUCUCACAUACCUUGGAAUGGGAUUGGGUUGUGCCACGCAGCUAUUCCUAGGCCACUAUAGUGAUAAGCUUCACACGAAGCUCACACAACGCAACGGUGUGGAGAGGGCUGAAUAUCAUCUUUUGAUGCUGAUACCUGCUGCCUUCUCGCUUCCUAUCGGAUUGAUCAUCUAUGGCUGGACAGCACAGUACCACGUUCACUGGAUGGUUCCAAUCUUCGGCACCUUCUUCAUUGGUGUCGGUUUCUCAAGCUCAAUGACCAGUGUCCAGACAUACCUAGUCGGAGCUUUCACUGCAUAUUCUGCUAGUGCACUUGCUGCGAAUAACCUCGUACGCAGUAUCAUUGGUGGUGUAGUACCACUCUCUGGACCUGAGAUGUACGGAAAACUCGGACUUGGCUGGGGAAACACAUUGCUGGCACUUCUAGCCAUGGUGUUUGGACUUGCUCCUUUAUGGUUCUAUCGGAACAAGGAGCACACAAACGAAAGCAAGCAAAACCCAGUUUAA